ACACACACACAUACACAUUCUGAAAGAAUAUUCGAUAUGAUUUCCUUUUUGUACUGUAAAGAAUACUAUCAUAAAAUGUGUUAUUUAACAUCUUGCCACCGCCCGCUCAAUAUAAACAAAGACUUUAUUUACAUUCUUUGCGCCUGCCACUCGCCAAUCGCCAGUGUUGCGUCAGGCCAGUAGCUAAAGAUGUGUUUAGGGAUCUUGUGCAAAUAGCAUUCUCGAGCGUCUUGUUACGUUAGGCUGUGACGCACACACCCUCGACGCUUCCAGAAGUUCGGAAGUUGUGGUCACCGUGAUGACACACCAAGAUAAUGACAAGCACGUCACUGUAGUGAGAAAUGCAACUGACUUACAACGCCUGAAAUUAGAAAAAUUGAUGAAAAAUCCAGAAAAGCCUGCCUUUAUUCCAGAUCGUCCAAAAGACAAGAGGUUUUCAGAUCCAGCUGAGUUUGUACGGAAUGUCAUGGGAUCAAGUGCAGGUGCUGGCAGUGGUGAAUUUCAUGUCUAUCGACACAUAAGACGAAGGGAAUAUGCUCGCCAGGAAUUCCUACAGAAUUGCAAAGAAAAGGAGGAUUUGGAUGAAGAAUAUCACAUUAGACUGGAAAAUAAUAGAAGAGCUGUGGAAGAAAAAGCAUCAAAGAAUAGAGCAAAAAGGCAAAGAAAAAAGGAAAGACAGAAAGUCAAAAGACAGAAGAAAAAUGUUCAUGAAAAAACAGAAAGUUCCUCAUCAGAGAGCAGUGAGGAAGAAGAGCCUAAGGUUCCAGAUGAGGGAAAUAAGAUCAAAACACCAACUACCAUGUGUCACAAGGAAGCAGACCGGACUUUAUGAUCAUUCAAUUACACACAAAAAGAAAAAAAAUCCAUAUUGUGAAGGAACUGAAAAAAGAAUGCUGAACAAUUUGUUUAAAAUAAACGAUGUGGAGUAAA